GGUUUGUCCGUCGCCGCUCGAUUUUCUUGAUGAAUAUUUAGAAAUAGUGAGCUUUUAUAACAAACAACAGUGCUAUUUUCCGAUAUAAAAAUGGAUGACAAACACGAGACGGUCAUACUAAAGUACACAAUACAUAAAUAUUCAAGUUAUUCUGCCAAUUACUUACCAGAAAAUAUAAUGGUGAACAAUCCCCCAGACCAGCUGUCAAGGUGGUUUACAGACAGCACCACACCCUCACAGUUCAUAAUGCUCAAGCUACAAGCCCCAGCAAUAGUGGAGAGUAUAAUGUUUGGAAAGUACAUAAAGGCACAUGUUAGUGAUCUCAAAAAGUUUCAAAUAUAUGGCGGCACAGAUGAGAACAAUUUGUCAUUAUUGUUGACUGCCGGCCUCAAAAUGGAUUACAUAGCAGAAACAUUUAAACUAAGGCAUAGGACAUUGGACGGACUUUAUUUGCCAGUUAAAUAUAUAAAGAUAGUACCACUACAAUCAUGGGGCCCGGCAUAUAAUUACACCAUAUGGUAUGUAGAGUUGAGAGGAAAAAAUCAUGAGGAUCUAAUAAAUACAGCAGUGGAUACAAUUAGUCUGCGCAAAGAAGAAGAAGCAGUGAGGAUAUUGUUGAAACAUUUGCGACGACGUCGAUACAAGGACGCGUUCGAGGCUCUGUCGCGAGAAAGCGGUGUUCAGUUAGAAGGUGCAGUGCAGGCUAGGCUGUGGAAUGCUCUGGUAGAAAACGGGGACUAUAAGCUCGCUGAACAGAUAUUUGAUGAAGCAGCUAAUGAAGGUGAACUGGACUGGUACAUGUCAUGGCAGCCAUACACGCCGGAGUGGCGGCAACUGUGUGGCUGCUCAGCCGAGGUGGAAGAGAAACUUUGUUGCGAUGAAGCCACGCCCAUCCCCCCCAGUCGGAGGUCACAUCCCGCAGACCUAUCUUGUGCAGAUAGAGAUCCGAGACUUGAACUACCGGAAGUGGGUGCGAACGGCGCGGAGGUUGACCCGUGCUACGCGUCUUGUGGCAGCUGCGCAGGCCGACCGGGCCCGCGUGGCGGACACCAACUUGUCGUCGAUCCCUCCUCAGGCACACUUUACCUCUUCGGCGGCUGGAAUGGCUCGGAAGACUUGGACGAUCUGUGGAGUUUCAACACUACAACAGAGAGAUGGACGUUGCUGUGUCGACACAGUGGCAUGGUCAACGGUCCCUCGCCACGGUCUUGCCACAAAAUGGUGUUCGAUCCGGUACACGAGAAGUUGUAUUUGCUGGGAAGAUAUUUGGACAACGCGCAACGGGUUCCCAGCAAUAUGUAUAGCGACCUAUACAUGUACGACGUCGCCACGGGCGAGUGGUCGCUAGUCUGCGGCGACACUGCGGCGGUGGGCGGCCCGCGGCUGGUCUUCGACCACCAGAUGUGCCUCGACCCGGAUACCCAAACCAUCUACGUGUUCGGUGGAAGAGUUCUACCCGCUAAUACUGAAGAGCUCGCCAGUCUCCAGUAUUCAGGCCUUUACGCGUAUUACAUAGCGCGGAACACGUGGCAACUACUAUUGUCGGACAAACAUGACCUGCCGGCGCCCCAGGCACGUGUCUCACACUCUAUGCUGUUCCACCCGGUCCAGCGGCGAUUGUACAUGUUCGCGGGGCAGCGUAACAAGGCGCAACUGGUGGACCUGUGGUGGUGGGACUGUGAGGGGGGAAGUGGCGGUGCGCGUGCGCUGUGCGCCGCCCCCGCCCGCGCCCCUCCCCCGCAGGGUUUCACGCAGCGAGCCACACUCGACCCGGACACGGACGAGAUACACGUGCUUUCGGGCAUGAGCAAAGAGAAGGACAAGCGUGUGUACAACACUCUGUGGGUGUUUUCCCUGCGACGUUUGACAUGGACGUGCGUGUAUCGGAACGACUGCAUUACGCCCAACGAGCCGCGGCCGCGGUUCGCGCACCAACUCGUUUACGAUCCCGUUAGAAAGAUUCAUUAUCUAUUCGGUGGCAAUCCAGGCACGGCGUCCAAUCCCCGGCUGCGGUUGGACGACUUCUGGUCGCUGCGGUUGCGCCGCGCGUCCGUACACCGCGCGGUCGACGCCGCACGCGCGGCGCUGAGAGAGGCGCGGUUCAGGGAGCUAGCCGCAUCGCCGCAACUGGCGCCCAGUGCCCUGCACUACUUGAGGAAUGAUCUACGUGCGGUCACAGACCUAAACGACCCGCAGCAGGUGGAGCAUUUCCAGAAGCUCGCAACAGUGUUGUUCGCGGGCAGUGAGAAGCCGGAGAGCAGUGCUCGCUCGCUGUCGGGGCGCCGCGUGCGGGCACUGGCCAGGCGGCGCGCGGCCUUGAGACAACUGGCGCACUCGGGGGACAUGGCGCAGGCUCUUGCUGCGGUGUUAGGCGCCGACGACACGUCGUUUGAACCUACGGAGCCGUUUGAAGAGACUUUAUCGCCCACGCCCGACACGUGGGAUGUGGGCAAUGACGAGGACGACUCCCCCGAAACGGAAGAGUGGGACGAGAGAAGCAACCGCAUGCGGCUAUACGACCAGCUGUGCCAGUACUUCCGACCUUCGACCGUACCUCCCAGUGCUGACGUCACGGACUUAGUACAUCUGUAGUCCGUUUAAAAGCUGCAAAAUAAUUAUUUCCCACGUGAUAACCAUAGUUGAUGUCAUUGGCCAACUAUUGGUAUUACAGUGAACGAUGCGGACAAAAGUUAUAGCAAAUAAUAUUUGUUUGUGCAUUUUUCUCGAAAUAUCACUGUCGAUGAUCAAGUCAUUUUAGAACCUCGGAAAGUGUUGCUGAUGUUACGAACUGUAGAACUUAUGUUUGUAAUCGUUGAAGAGUAUUGCACUGCACUUCAAGUAAUUGUCAUCCAAAAUAUAAUAGAAGUUCUCUCAUAGAAGUUGACGGUAUUGUCCACCUCCCAGCCAGUCUUCACGUUAGGACGGAUUUGUAUCGGACUUAUAUAAAUUAGUGGAUUGAGCAACAAGAAUUUCGCCCCUUUUCCAACAUUAUGGUUCGAGCAAAACAACUGUAUGAGACAAUUCAAAAAUCCUUUCCAUUGCUUAAACGUUCCGUCUCGAUGAUUUGGUACACUAGAAGACAGGUAACUCAUUUCGUUUUAAGUUUGACAUUUAGGAUACCUUAUAUUCCUUUAUAAUCAUAUGGCACAGUGCCAAUAAAGCACAAAAAAAUAUUUUCUUGUAAAUUAGGACCGAUUUUUUUUAGAGGUAUGACUUAAAAACGAGGCGUAAGGACGUAUUUAAUCGUAACUUUUUCGUUGUUUUGAUCAAUAUACCGUAAAAAAGUAACAAGUUACGUAAAUAAGCUGAGAUAAAUUUAAUUUGGAUUGUAUCACUUUUAACUAAAGAUAAUUUAGAAUUAAAUAUUAGUUAGGAUAUAAUAUCGUUGUCGUAUAAAGUAGCAUCACUUGUUUGUUUAAUUUAUUUUUUGGCUUUUACAAAAUUUGCAAUUGGUUGAUAAUAAUUGGCAUGACUGGCAGUGGGAAAUGAUCCCGAGCUCAAUGACUGUAUAUACAUCACAAACUCACAUUUGCAUUUAAUGUGUAUUACUAGAUAGUUUUAUACAUACAUUUUUAAGAAAUUAUCAAUGCAACUUACUAAUUUUUGUAUUUUUAUUCAUUAAUUUUACAUCGAAGUUAAUAAUAUAACUGGAUUUAAUAUUGUUAAUUUCGACGUAAACGACAGUAAUUUACGAUUUCUUAGGAAUAAUUUCGAUUCUAUGACUUGUAUUUGUAAAAUACUUAGGAUACUAUUAGUAAAGUUACCUCAUAAGACUUACUGUUUACACUGCGAGGUAUCGCCCUUAGCUCGUUCUAUAUUAUGAACAUCUCAAAAAAUUAUGACAGGAGAAUUUUUAUAUCAGUAUACCCUCUCUCAAUGUAUUUAUGAACACUAUCAUCUUAUUAUUCAGAAAGAUAAUAAUUAAAAAAAAUACUACGUGGAAAUUUCACAUAAUUUAAGGCGUUCUCCAAUCAGAGGCGGGACUCUGAUUUACUUUAGCAGCCACAGGCGCCCUAUAAAUUUGCGAAACGAAAGCGCCCGGAUUUCUAUCUCAGUGUGGCCUAGCUAAUUAUGUCAUAUCUACAAUUUGGGUUUGAAUGUAUCGUCGCGCAUUUCCAUGUAACAAUAAUUUUUAUUGACACGCUCAAAACGGUUGUAGCUUUUGCGACAAUAUAUUUUUGCACGCGGACUUCCUAACUCCGGGCUGCUACUAAGAUUUUUUCUGGCUAUACCCGAUGCAGGACUUCGUGAUAUGCUAACCGCUAGUCCGACGAGGCAGUUCAAAAUUUCUGUUAAUAAUAUUAAAAGUAUUGCCUUUUGCUGUAAAUAAAUUGCUUUCGACAUGCGUAGGUCUCGCAUGAUGUUGUCUUUAUUUUCUAUUUAUUGGUUACUUUUUCAUUUAUUACUAUCUUAUUAUGUAUUGAUAAUUGGUCUUAGCUGCACUUACAACUAGGCAGCGGUCUACCUAAGAUACAAUGAGGCAAACUAAUAUCGAAGUAUCAAUGGUUAUAUACAACAAUCCUGAAAACAACAUUAAUAGCAUGAGACUCAAUAGGACAUUUGACCUCUUUAUAGUCUUGUGGCUAAUUUACUGUCAUAUACGUAGCAUUGAAGGUAUAUAUACGUAAUAUACCGACUCGAAUACGAUGUAUUCGGCGUAGGAGUUUUUUGAAGUUGCCGCAUUUUGGAACAGUAUAUGAGCUAUUAUACUAUAGAAGCGCAACGAAGAUCAAUUAUUUAUUAAUAAUCUAAAGCGUAGGUCACACCGCUGCGCAAAGUUGGACCCUGCUUCUAAGUUUGCAUCUUGCGAGCCAAAUCACAAGACUGCGAAUCGAACGUUAUUGUUUUGAUUGGCAGCACGCAGGACGCAAACUUAAACGCAGGUUAGGACGCCGCGGUUUGGCCUUGCCUUUAGCCAUAUUGACAUGCAUAGUUACUUUUGUAUGCUAUUCAGUUUUCGUUUAUAUUAUGUAUUGUAAAUAGUUCAUUAUUUAUUGUUCUCGUUUACGUACUGUGAUACAAAAUUAUAGUCAGCAGAUCUAACGACGAUGUCAUGUAUAGUAUUAUGUAAUCGACCUCGUGCAUUUAAAUAAAAACAUUGAUUUUC